AUGUCAGCAAAAAGUGGCACGAUCGAGAAACCCAACUGCCCCGAGUCACUAUCCGACGAUGCUAUCAACAUCAACAUCAACGGCGCUUUCGAGCCUGUCCUUCGACGCGACAUCAAGCCACUGGAAAUCAUCGCCCUAGGCUUCAACGUCUGUAAUAGCUGGAUAGCCUUCUCGACAUCCUUAGCUAUAGCCAUCUCCGCCGGAGGGACAGUAACAGUUCUCUAUGGAAUCCUCAUCGUCGCGCUGGCCUACUUCGCCAUAUCUAUAACCCUUUCAGAGCUUGCAUCUGUAUACCCGACAGCAGGUGGACAGUAUCACUUCACGUCUAUCUUGUGUCCCGACAAGUCCAACAGGCUGGUGUCGUAUAUUUGUGGUCUUGCUGCGGUCUGUUCGUGGACCUUUCUCGCUGCCUCCAUCACAAUUCUAUCGUCACAAUUACUCCUCGCAGUUCCGGCUUUUUACAUUGAAACCUUUGUUCCACAGGGCUGGCACUACUUUCUUGUAUUUCAGGCUAUCAAUCUGGUCUUGUUGCUUUACAAUAUCUUUUGCUUGCAGAGAGCUUCCUGGACACACAGCAUUGGUUUCGCUCUUAGUCUUGUCAUGUUCCUUAUCAUAUUCGUUACAUGCCUCGCCCUUUCUUCCAAAGCUUCCUCUGAGAGCGUAUGGACUACAUUCGACAACCAUACAGGUUGGCCAGCAGGAGUCACAUUCUUGACAGGCCUCGUUACCCCAGCGUCUAUGUACGGAGGAAUCGAUGCUGUUCUGCAUCUCGCCGAGGAAUGCACAUCUCCAGAACGCACUGUGCCAAGGGCUAUGAUGGCAAUCGUUACGAUAGGUUGUCUUACUGGCUUCGGGUUCGCUGUGUCCAUGUGUUAUUCUAUUACCAAUUUGGAGGCACUGAUGGCUACAACCAUGCCGAUAUACGAGCUCUGGCGACAGGCAACAGGCAAUAACACGGCAGCUACCGUCUUUGAUAUAAUGCUUCAUAUCAUCACCUUAUUUGCUGUGACGGCUGUGCAGCAGACAGCAUCUCGCAUGACCUGGGCAUUCGCACGAGACGGUGGAUUACCUGGGUCAUCGUACCUGGCAAGCGUCAACGUUAAGCACCAGGUCCCAGUCUGGGCUCUCGUGACCAACUCGGUAGUCAUUUUUAUCUGUGGUUGCAUCUAUCUUGGGUCUGGUGCGGCGUUCUCGGCCGUCAUCGGAUCAAGCCUUGUUCUGCAGAUUAUCUCAUUUACAAUCCCUGCACUUCUCCUACUGUGGCACAAACGUUCAGAUAGCGUCUUGCCUCGGGACAGAGCAUUCCGUGUGCCUGAUGCGGUUGGAUGGACUGCAAAUAUCUUGGUUGUUAUUUUUGGUACUGUCUUUUCUGUCUUUUUCAUCCUUCCUGCGGCCAUUCCUGUGACUGGGAACAGUAUGAAUUACGCGAGUGCCGUCAUCGCAAUUUGUGCUAUCUUUGGAUCGUUGAACUGGGUCUUCUACUCCAAGAAGCGUUUCGUAGGACCUCGCAUUGAACAGUAUCGGAGAACCUGA